AUGCAGUACGGCAUUACACUCCCUGGCCGCGGCCCGCUGGCCACGCCGGACAACAUGGCGACCAUCGCCCAACGCGCCGAAGCUUUGGGAUUCGAUUCCAUCGCCCUGGGCGAUCAUAUCCUGGUGCCAAAGAAUAUCGAUUCCGAUUACCCGUACACGGAGACCGGCGAAUUUCCCGGUUCUUCGUCCGGUCAGGCAAUGGAGCAGAUCACUGCGCUGUCCUACAUGGCCGGAUGCACCAGCGCCAUCAGGCUGGCGACGUCGGUGCUCAUCGUGCCCCAUCGCAACCCGUUGGUAGCCGCCAAGGCUCUGGCGACCCUGGACGUCCUGUCCGGCGGGAGGCUGAUCGUCGGUGUUGGCGUUGGUUGGUGUCGUGAGGAAUUCGAAGCCGUGGGCUGUGAGCCCUUCGACGAACGCGGGGCCGUCACCGACGAGUACAUCCGCGCAUUCAAGGAAUUGUGGACCUCUGACGAUCCCAGCUUUGAGGGCGAAAGCCACACCCGCCUUUCUGGGUCGGCGGCGAGAGCCGGCCCCGCCAUCCGCCGCGCUGCCACCCUGUGCGACGGCUGGUAUCCCAUUGGCAACAACCCGGCCUUCCCAGUGGGGACACCGGAGGCGUUGCAGGACAGCAUGGGUCGCCUGCGUCGGACCGCCGAGCGCGCCGGACGUGACCCCGACGAAAUCCAGAUCAUCUACCGCUCCCACGACUACCGCAUUACCGGAUCCGACACCAGCCCGGACCGCGCUCGUUUCACCGGCAGCAGCGAACAGAUCGCCGGUGACAUUCGCCAGUACCAGGACAUGGGUGUCAGUUACCUGGUGCUCGACAUCGCCCGGCUGAGCGCCGACGGCAAUUUGGAAGAAACCCUGGGACACUUGGAAGACUUCACCACCCAGAGUGGAUUCGCCGGCGAACGCGACGGCGUGGUGGUCAAACAAUCCCUCCCGCGCUUGCGUGUCGAGCAGGAGUGGCUGGCGGACCAGGCGCGCAUUCAUCGCGAGGCGGCGAGCCUCCGGUACUUGCAGGGCGUCUUGCCGCGUUCCUCCCUUCCCGAGCAAACCCGCACGUGGAAGGAUGACCUCCUCGACGGACAUGUCGACCCUGCCGUGGCCACGAAGGUCGGCCGUCUACUGGGCGCCAUGCACCAAUGCUCCGCCGUCUCAGGCGAGAACAUACCCGCCGAACUGCGCGAAUUCGCCGAUCAGCGCUGCUUCGUCCAGUUGCGCAUUGAUCCCUACCACCGCGCCACCGCACGCGCGCAUCCUGACCUGGCGGACGUCAUCGAGUCCGCCGCCCAGGCCAUGCUGGACCACCGCCUCUGCAUGGUGCACGGUGAUUACAGCCCGAAGAACGUGAUCGUCUCCGGAGCCGGUGAGGAGGCGACGGCAUUCUUGCUGGAUUUCGAAGUCGUUCAUUUGGGCAGCCCGGUUUUCGACCUGGCGUUCAUGUUGAAUCAUCUCACCUUGAAAGCCAUCCACCGCUCGGAUCUCGCUGACCGGUACAACGCGGCGGGAAACGCCUUUUGGGCGGCCUAUUGCGCCAACGCUCCGGCCUUCGCGGCCGACCCCCUCGCGCUCCAAUCCAAAGCGGUCCAUCAAAUGGGCGCACUACUGUUGGCUCGUAUCGACGGUAAGUCCCCGGCAGAGUACAUCACGGCGGAGCCAGAAAAGUCCGCGGCCCGCCGGCUUGCCCGAAUGAUCCUCACCGGCGAAAUCCGGUCGUUGCCGGAUGUGCAUCACGCGCUGCUGAAUUGA